AGACAUGACUGCUCUGGUGGUAUGGUAUGUAGCAUCAUGAGGCUCAACUUUUACCUGGUGUUUAUUCUAAGUAUAGAGAUACGGUAGCGUUACUGUUACAAGUCUUAUGUUCGGUAAAUGCGAUACUUAAUGUCAGUCAGCUGAGUUGUCUGUGAGUAUUAUCCAGAAGGGAAACGCUGAAAUGGCGAGGAGCCUCGGUCAAAUGUUCAAGGGCUUCCUUAGACUCGGUUCAGGACUUACCACCAGGACUCCAUGUCCCCCAGGUCCAGGGUCCACACACAGGGCCAGUCUGCUCUGCACCACGGCGGCACUCCAGAGUUUUUUGUUCCCCAAGCCCCGAGACCUCAGCCUUCCUAACUCCUCAUGGGGCCCAGACAUGAUGCGUCUGUACGAGCACUAUAACAGUCUAUGUGAGGUGGAGACAGAAGGAGAGAAACAACCUGGGCCUUGGAGGAGACUGCCAAGCUACAACCGCAUCCUGAAAUAUGCUACAGGUGGAGUGUAUCUCAGUAAGAUCAUUCAGUCUAAAGCUCGUCUCUUUACCCGGAACAUUAAACAACAAGGAGCAGCUUUUGAGUAUGUUGUGUUUGUCAACAAAGAAGAACAGAAGUGUGUGUGUGUUUUCCAAGCUGGUCAUCUGCUGGAGGGGCCACCAGGCCAUGUCCAUGGUGGAGCAAUAGCCACUAUGAUCGAUUCUGUGGCAGGGACACAUGCUACUUAUCUCUCUGGGCUGGUUUUGACUGCAAAUCUCAACAUCAACUACCGCAGUCCCAUCUCAUUGGGAAGCACAGUGGUGCUUGAGUCAUUCCUGGAUAAAAAGGAAGACAGAAAAACAUUUAUUUCCUGCAAAGUUACCAGUGCUGACGGCUCCAAACUGCAUACAGAAGCGACAGCCCUGUUUUUGUCCAUCACUGUCAGCAACAUAAUAGGAAUGUGACAGAAACACACCUGACCAAAGAGAAUCUGAAGCCGAGGCCAUAAUGAAUGCCUGUGAACGUGUGAGAUUAUUAUCAGUAUACAGUAUGAUGGGUGUGGAUACUUUACUGGGUUAUUUAUGGGUAACUUAAUACAAGACUUCUGGCCUUUUUUUUCAAACUCUGAUCUCUAUAAUCUAUGUGCCACUGAACUGUUAUAGGUCACAGAUGUAUCUUUUCUUGACUACCUCAGUUUAGUGUCAUAAAGACACCAUUAGUACAUAUCCAAGUGUUUGUAUUUCAACAUUAUUUAUUAACAGCUAUAUACUGUAACUUUGCAGUGUUGACAGAUUUUUGUAAUCGCCUUGGAGAGCGAUACUUGAAUAACUUUCUCCAAUAUAACUUAAGGUGUAGGUAUUUAAUGUUUUUAUUAAAGUGGUCUUUGUUGGAGAAUGUAUUUUUGCAAUG